UCUACGGGCCACAUCAUCAGCUGUUCGCAAACUCGCGUUGCCGCACGACGCGCAGCUACAGCGAGGCUGCGUGUAAACACUCACAGCUGUCCCUUACAUUAAACUAACAACACAGCAGCAACAACAACAACCAUAGCUAUACUAGCAAACAGUCUAAGCGUCGGGGUGACCAACAAGCCAUGCUGCUGGAGCUUAUCGCGGGCAGCGAGCGGAGUGAAUUCGUGCUCAUAGUCGAUUCCCUGGCGCAGCCGGGCAGAGCCUUGCUGAAGAGCCUCAUGAGAGGCGCUGCCCUGCGUGGGGAGACCGUUCACGUGUUCCACUGGGAGAUGUCACGCUCUGCCGUCAGCGCCGGCCUGGUGCCCGACGUCACGUCCCGGCUCGUCCACCACGACUGCUUCUCCGACCCGCUGGGCUGGACGGGUUCUGGUGCCCUUAUUCCGGAGACGCCGACCGCACCGAAUUUUCCGCACGCCCACGGCGUCAUCGACCUGCGGGCGGCCAUUGGGGGGGCGUCCGGGCCAGACCGGGGGCCGCUGUGCGUGGUUCUGGACUCGCUGUCUCCGUUGCUGCUCCACGCCGGGUGGCCCCGUGUCUUGUCACGCCUCCAAGCCCUCGCCGAUCGGCGGCACGAUGACGGUGUGCAGGUGCGGCAGGUGGUAGCGCUGCUCCACGGGGACGCGCACGCGGAGGGCACGACGGCGGACGCGGUGCGCCACGCCGCAAGCACCGUGCUCACGCUCACCCCCGCUCCACCCCAGGCGUUUCCGCACGUGCCCGGGUCAGGGUCAACGUCGGGGUUGGGUCAGGCGGCCCCGCGGUCCUGUUUCGACGUCAGCGUCCUGCACAAGCGAAAGAGUGGCAAGGUCGUUCGCCUGGAGGAGCGCAUGGCGGUGGUCGACGGGUUCGAGUCCCGCUUGAUAGUGGAUGGUGCCAGGUCAAGUGGAGCAACCACCGCUAAUUCUGGCGAGGCACCUGUGUGUGACCCGACUGCCGAGCUGACCUUUAACCUGCGGCUCACGGAGGACGAGCGGAAGGCGCGGGGCCGUGUAGCACUGCCGUACCAGCUCUCCGCCCAGCAGAAGCAGGAUCUGCUGACCUCGGGGGGCAGUGCGUCUCCGACCCAAAUAGGGGGCGGCCGCAUCUUCUACUGCCCUGACGAUGCCGACGACAUCGAUGACGAGGAUCCGGAUGAUGACCUGGACAUUUGAGCGCCGAGCUGGGCAGGAGGGGCGGAUGAUGAUGAGCGGGUGAGCGAGCGAGCGGUGUUAACGAGAGUUCAGCUUGUCAGUCAUUGACCUCCAGUGUUUUGGACGUGCCGAAGGUGGCCGAGGAACUCUUCGAUGUGUUUCCGGAUUGUACUGCGGGUUGUUUGGCAUGACGUCCGAUGUUUUGCUCGAACGACGGAAGGGGACAUUCUUGUUUAGGAAAUGAAGCUCAAGCUCAACCUUUUGAAGAAGCUCCCAGGUCCCAUCACAUGGAGUGAAACGUCGGACUUCGGGCCGAACAAGUCGCGCUGCAUCUGAAAAACACGUCGGCACAACUGCGAAAACCUACGCAGUGGUGGCUCAGUAGCUCAGGCAGGUUAAAAUUGGUCGUUUCAGGGCCACUGAGCUGCCACCCCUGAGAACCUGAGUUCGAAUCCAGGUCUUUAGCCACCGGCGGUUUAAAUUGGGAUUUCAAGUGGAGCGAAUUGAUGAUGAUCUCCGCAAUAAGCCAUCAAGAUAAAUAAAUUUUUCACAAAAUUACAUCUCUGUGAAUUAAUCAAAUAUACCGGGCACUUGAGAAGGUACAGUGCCCCGAGUGUGGAUGGGAGGCAUUUAAAGGGUGCAGGAGUAUUUAUGUAAACACGUCUUUGAAAGACCGUUCUCCAAUGUAGGCGGAGGCUACACUGCUUUCCACGAGUUACAAGUGGAAAUGCCUUUGUCCCGUAUGAUGAUGCCGAGAGCACAAACGGUGUUUGUCAGAUGGCAAUUAAAACAGAAAGAAAUUAAUGCUCUUUUGAGUUUAUUCUCAAAGAAAUCAAGUCGUCAAUGCUGGAAUCGGCAAAAUAGAGUAACAAGCCACAUUUAACGUGAUGUGUUUAUUUUGUAUAGUCAUUCGUGGUCGUCCUAAGACCAUCACCACUAAAUCUUGAGAUCCUGAUUUAUUUAGUCCGCAGGUGCAGACCAGAUAUUUCACUUGUCCGGUACCAGCUGGUGCGGCAUAAUGUUACUGGCUCCAAUUCCUCUAUGUGGUCAGUUAGAGUGAAUUUUGUGAUGACUGUUUGACAUGAGUGGGGUUAUCAAAUAAUUAUCAUUCGUCAUAUGUAUAUAAAAUCAGACAGAACGACUAAAGUUGUAAUGCCUUAGGUGGCAUAAGUUACUACUCUGGCCCGUGGACUAAAACGAUUUAGUCACCACGGUGACGAGCUGUUAAUUGCCUCGCCCGGUAUACAGGAGGUCGUUGGUUCGAACCCGACCCUGACGACGCCCAUAUAUUUGGAGUUUGCAUGUUCUCCCCAUGGUCGCGUGGAUUUUUCUCUGGGUCUUCCGGUUUUUCCCUCCACAUUUAAAAACAUGCAUUUCGAGUAUUUGGCUGAUAUCAAUUUCCACAUGAUAAGCACUUCGUUGAGCUAUCAUUUGUGACCAGGUUGUGACUGAAAAAGCUACAUAGCUCAGUGGGGUCUGACCAAAUAAAAUAAAAAGUUUAGUCUAGAUUUACCCUUGGAAUCUCAGCUGCGUCGGCUUAAUGACAGUGGGGUUUUGUUGUUGCGGCAUUUUGUCUUACGAUACCUUAUUUAUGAAAAAAAUAAAAACAAGUAAAAAGA